CUCCGCUUGGCAAUCGCUUGCGUUCCACCUAACGACACGCCCGUGGACGGUACUCGUCCCUUUGUCACAGUCCUGUACCAGGUAGCGCACUAGCGCGCUUCCAUUGAAAAACCAAUUGCGAUACCCAUCCGGCGACGAUCUCGGAGGCGCCUUCCAGUGCGACAACCAUGGCUGGACGCAACAGAAAGGCCCAAACACCAAAGCGUCAUCACAAGCGGAGGACUGGAUCGCCAAGACGGCAGCCUCAUGUUGAUGAGACGGUUGCCCUUAUUCAAUCACAGAGUCGUGAUGCUGAUACGCGCGUGAGAUCUAGAAGAAGGAGCUUCAUGGAUGGUCCUGUUGGACGCAAGUUUUUGGAGUAUCGUCGAGUUUUCUUUUUUGCGGGUACCUUCCUUGGAGUGAUAUCUACCCUUUUGGCAGCUGCAACUUUUCGACCAGCACUGAAACCGAUAAUGCCCAUGCAUCGAAUGUCAGAGUUAUUUUCUGGUGCUUUGGGAGAUGUGGAUCUGUCCGAGUUCCUUCCCGAGAUUCCCGGAAUUAGUUCAUAUGAUCUCUUGGGAAACCUGACGUCGAUGUUUCAGAUUCCAUCACUUUUUGGAGGCACAAAGGUGGGAUCGCCUGCUACCGAGUAUGAGCAGUUUCUGCCUGGAGCCCGACUAGCUGGAGAAGGGCUCGCCGCAAAGCACCCUGUCAUCCUUAUCCCUGGCAUUGUGUCCACAGGACUUGAAGUGUGGAAUAUCCCUGUCUCGCCUAAAACUGACAGUCCUCUCGACACAAAGAAUACGGGAGAGGCACAAGAUCAAGCUGGUGGCCGUGCCAAAAGAAAGCCCCAGGCGAAAUCAAGUGAAUCAAAAUCUGCACCUGCCAAGCAAACCACGGAUGAAGCGGCCGCUGAGGAGAUCAUUGCAAUGAACCGCGCUUGUGGGCAGAAAUAUUUUCGAAAGAGAAUAUGGGGAACCACAGAUCAUUUCAAAGCUCUACUGUUGAACAAUGCGUGCUGGGUAUAUCAUAUGAUGCUAGAUGAGACGACAGGGCUAGAUCCGCCAGGUGUCAAAUUGAGGGCAGCCCAGGGUCUUGAUGCGGCGGACUAUCUAUUUCCUGGGUACUGGGUCUGGGCUAAACUUAUUUCCAACCUUGGAGCUCUCGGAUACGACAACAACAAUAUGCACCUGGCAGCCUACGACUGGCGGCUCAGCUUUGCUAACCUCGAAAAACGCGAUCUCUACUUUACCAAACUGAAAAAUACGAUUGAAAUCUCGUACUUGCAUGCAGGCGGGGGACCCGAUGCCCGAUCUGUUGUCGUGACCCACUCCAUGGGCUCAACUGUUUUUAUGUAUUUUAUGAGCUGGAUCCGCAGUGAUACCGGUGCCGGCGCUGGAGAACAGUGGAUUCAAAAGUAUUUGAAGGAUUGGGUGAACAUUGCGGGGACCUUGUUGGGUGUACCAAAGGCGCUGCCAACGAUGUUGUCUGGAGAAAUGAAGGACACUGCAAUGUUGAACGGGCUUCAAGCCUUUGUCCUCGAAAACUACCUCAUGACGAGAGCGCAACGUGCAAGGCUGUUCCGCUCAUGGGGAGGGCUUGCAUCUAUGCUACCAUACGGAGGUGAAACCAUCUGGGGAAGAGUAGGCCAGCCCGCUCCAGACGAAGGCGAAACUGAGAACCCUAGUUUUGGCGAAUUUCUCACAUUCUAUCCCGCAAAGAAAACAGUGGAAGACUCCCAGAAAACUGGAAACAGGUCCACAAAAAAGACAAUGACCCUUUCAGCUGACACCGCAGAAGAGUUUAUAUUGGACGUCGCCAAUCGUCCAUAUUGGGCGGCCAACCAUAAGCGUUAUGUCGCCACGUCCAAGCGCCAGUUGUUGGAGGCAAAAGACGAUAAUACGGCGUGGACCAAUCCACUUUUAACUCCUCUGCCGCAUUUCUCACCAGAUUUCAAGAUUUAUUGUCUGUACGGAACGGGCCGUAAAAGCGAACGCAAAUACUUUUACAACGUUGAACCCAAAACAAACAAAAGCAGCAAAAAUGAUGAAAGCAAAAAGAAUGGCGAUAACGGCAAAUAUACACCAGACAACCGUGAUGACGAAGAAGAAGCGAACGAAGAACUGGACUUCCAUGUUGACACAACAUAUAGCCAAGAAGAAGCGAAUAUCUAUAGUGGGGUCCAGCUGACGGAUGGCGAUGGCACUGUUCCCCUCAUUUCUCUUGGAUACAUGUGCGCCAAAGGGUGGAAGCACAAACGAUACAACCCGGCUCAAAUACCCGUCAUUACACGAGAGUUUCGUGAUAAGCCAGCCGGCGCUUUUAGUCCACGAGGUGGACCCGGGAGUGCAGAUCAUGUUGAUAUCCUUGGCAAUUAUGAUAUGACGGAAGAUAUUCUGCGAAUAGUUGCGGGGAAAGUUGAAGGAUUAGAAGAUUCUAUAUUUAGUGAGAUAGAGGAGAUAGCAAAAAGGGUAGAACUGCCGAAUGGACUCGAUUAGCAACGCAGGCCGAAAUUGAUUGAUCAUUGGAGAAGCUUGAUUUUGGUGAGAGCUCACGGUUUUGACACUGCGGCGUAUUGGACGGGGACAGGUAAUUUCAUUAUAAUCUUCAUGGGUACUACUACAACAUAUUACAAACCGCCAAUUGCACAUUACUACAUACAUGGAUUAACUAAGGAUACCAACUACAUAAUCGAGAGCCUACUCAGCAA